CCCUCCCCCUCUCCUCCAUCCUCUCCGGCCGGCCACAUCUGAGAGAGACGCAUACACGCCAGCACGAGCAGGGCCGGGAGAGGGAGCAAGCCUCGGACGGCUCGGACGGCGCCGUAGCGGGCGGUCGCUGUUGGUGGCGGGUGGAGGUGGUGGCGGUUACGGUGGAGAAAGGCGCGGAGCGGGGUGGCCAAUUGGGAAAGGGCACCAGGAGAUCCAGGGCUCCCCGGAUUUCAGCCAGACUUUGCCCGCAAUCCAUCCGCCCUUUCCGCCGGUCGGUGUCCCAUCCGUGCGUGUCCCUCUCCCCCUCCGCCCCGGCGAAAGCGAGACGACACAGCGUGCGUGCCUAUAUAGCUUCAACUGCGUGAUCAAGCCCAAGCUGCCUAUAGCUAGCAAGCUACGAGUUGGUGUGGUAAGAGGAGAUAUAGACCGGCCCUCUAUCUUCUGUAUAUAUUCUUCUUAUCUAGCUAGCUGCCUUCUCUUGCGGUGCGGCCUGUGUAUAAAUUCGGGCGGCGCUCGUCACACUCGUUGGGCGCAAGGAGAAGUACUUACUACACGAAGAAUCUGCAAAGACCGUGCUCUGAUAGGCUGGGGCGUGCGCUGCCGCUGAUCAGGCUUCUGUUCUUCCUCUAGUGCGAUAUUCACGCUGAUAGUGGAAUAAAAUGGACACUUUCUCCCAUGUUCCGCCGGGUUUCCGGUUUCAUCCUACCGACGAGGAGCUCGUUGAUUAUUACUUGAGGAAGAAGGUGGCAUCCAAGAAGAUUGACCUGGACGUCAUAAAGGACGUCGAUUUGUACAAAAUCGAGCCAUGGGAUCUCCAAGACAAGUGCAAGAUUGGCAUGGAGGAGCAGAACGACUGGUACUUCUUCAGCCACAAGGACAAGAAGUACCCGACGGGCACCCGCACCAACAGGGCUACGAGCGCCGGGUUCUGGAAGGCGACGGGGAGGGACAAGCCCAUCUACACAAACCACUGCCUUGUCGGAAUGAGGAAGACCCUCGUCUUCUACAAGGGCCGUGCGCCCAACGGUCAGAAGUCGGACUGGAUCAUGCACGAGUACCGCCUCGAGACGAACGAGAAUGGAGCCACGCCCGAGGAAGGAUGGGUGGUCUGCCGGGUGUUCAAGAAGCGAGUCGCGACGGUGCGGAGGAUGGCAGAUAUGAACUCGCCUUGCUGGUUCGACGACCAUGGCGCUGGAGGUGGGUUCAUGCCGGACCUCGACUCGCCGAGGCAGCUCGGGUACCAGCACCACCACCCCCAGAACUUGGCAUCGUACCACAGCCAGCAGCAGCAGCAGUACCACUGCAAGCCGGAGCUGGAGUACCAUCACCUCCUGCCGCAGGAGGCCUUCAUGCAACAGCUUCCUCACCUGGAGAGCCCCAAGCCUACUACGGCCUACAUUGGCCACGGCAGCAGCGGCGGCAUCCUGUCGUCGACCAGCAAUCACCCCCUCGCGCAUGACGGGCCCUCCAGGUUCGCAGCGCAGCAACCGCCGAUGGACCAUGCGCUUUACACUGGUGAAUCGUCGGCCACCGACUGGAGGUACCUCGACAAGUUCGUCGCGUCUCAGCUGUUCAGCCAUGACGGUACCAAUCCCAAGGAGCAGGCCACUCACUCCAAUGCAGCAGUCCAGGUGUUUCAGGCAGGGAACAAGCAUGAAGAGGCCCUGGACUAUGCUUCGACAUCUGCCGGCCUAGGCUCGGCUCAUCUGUGGAAAUAGCAUGCACAAGCAAGCACAACUCCAUUGGACAUCCUACACAAUUUAUACAAUCCAGACCUGAUCUAGUGUACAAAUAUAGCUGGCCAUGUAUGCCAUGAUUAAUCAUGGUAUAUAUAUGCACACACACAUAUAUAUACAUAAUAAAUAUGUAACCGAAGUGGUUAUGUAGUAUCUAUAGUAGUACUCCCUCCGUAAACUAAUAUAAGAGCGUUUAGAAUACUAAAUUAGUGAUCUAAACACUCUUAUAUUAAUUUACAGAGGGAGUAUUUGGUAUCAGGUCUCUGGACCUGAUGCUAAUAAGGUAGCCGAAAGUUGAGGCUAAGGGGCUUCAGUGACUGACUUGACCAUUUUGUGAAAAUAGUCAAGCUGUUGAUGGACGUCUAUUUUGUGCAGUCCA